CAUACAUUGUGCGUCACCAUCUAAUUCAUCAUCUUCUUUUCAACUCCACACACCGAUCACCAUCUCUGUCCCACACAAAUAUAUACAAUAUGGCUGAUUUCCAAAAAGGUUUCUUGAAUCCACAACAUCGUGCACCUCCACGUGAUCGAAGAAACUUCUUACAACGCUUUUGGCACGAUCAAAUUAUGGCGCAAGAUAAAGUAGAUGGAAACCUCAAUAUCUUUUAUGCCCUUUUGGUUUUUGGCGGUGGUAUUGUGGCUGCAAGAACGAUUGCCAAGGAUAUGAUCACCCCUGGUUUCUAAGAGCCUGACUUGCGAUCUAUGAAAGGCUGCAAUAGAAGACGCCAUUAACAUCGUAAUUGCUUCUAGCAACUCUGCAUAUCUCAAAAUCACCACUCUCUCUUUCUCCUUACGCCAAUCGCAAGCAAUGUCCGUUCCAUGAAAGCUAUGCUCAUGGCAGUUGCAGUCAAGUAUUGCAUGAAGUGGAAACCAACACAAAAUGCGGUUUUGGACGGCAUCCGAACAAUUUCACCUUACGAGCAGUGAACUGUUGCAGUUUCUCUCUCUCGUUGUACAUGUACCCUGGAAAUGAUAUAUUUCUGCAAGCAUAUUCUAAAUUCGAGUGAAGAUGAGCUGGAUCUCGGUGUUUAUUCCAAACAUGAAAUAAGUGGUCAAAUUUUAGAUGGCUCUUGUAAGAAUAC